AUGGCGCACACCGUCGAUGUCCUGAUAAUUGGCGCCGGCAUUGCUGGCCUUACCGCAGCUAUGCGUCUGAAACAGGCAAAUAUUGAUAACAUUCUGGUUCUCGAGGCAAGAGACCGGAUUGGCGGUCGUGUUGCGACUACCAUGUUUCGAGGCGUCGAGCUCUCCAUCGGCCCCAUGUACGUCCACGGGGAGGCCAAUAAUCCAGUGGCCCAGCUAGUGAAACAGUUGAAGUUGCCGGUUCACCCAUCAGAUUACUCCACAUUCGGAGCAAAGUCCUGUGUUGCUCGACUUGCCUCUUCUGGUGAGGAGGUCGCCUCGCAGUUGGGUGCUGUGAUUGCUAAGCAUGAAGAAGCCCUGCACCGGUUGUCCACCUUACCUAUCCCUCCAUCGGACAAAACAAAAGCGGCGGCUAUGACUGCCUGUGGUUGGAAACCGACUUCCCACUUGGAGCGAGCAUACGACGGCAUGCGUAGCGACCUCUACAAUGGUCUUCCCUCACAUUACGCAUCUGCCUACGCUGACCAAGUCUGCUGUAUCUUUGGGGAUGAGGAGGACACCGAGUAUGUUCUGUCUCAGGGUGAUGGCUAUCGGUGUAUCGUCGAGCACCUGGCUGCAAAGGCCGAUCUCCUUAAUAAAUCCAAGAAACUGGCCCUUUCAACAGUAAUCGACAAAGUC